AUGUUGAGAAAAGGCCUAACCAUAAUUGUAGCGUUAUUUGCCGUGUUAUCUGGGCUAAUUUGGUAUAAUGCUUAUCUUCCUAUCUCUCCUAAACUCAAGGGCGAUCAAAAAUUGAUACCGUUUCUGUUCAAUUUCAACAACGAACUCGGACAAAUAGUCGAUGAUAAAUUGGGCCUUGUUGCAAAAUACAAAUGGUAUCGUUGGUUUUUUUCAGCAAUAUCAACGUCAAAUUCACUUCUAGUGGCGAAAGGAAUCACCAUCACAGAUUCGGUUAUUUCUGGCAUACCUGUGAAGAUAUUCCGGCCAGAACUGGCCAAGGAGGGUGAACGUCAAUAUCGCCCUGGGUUAAUAUUUUUUCAUGGUGGCGGCCUAAUAUUUGGAAGUGUAAACUGGACAUGUUAUAUUCAGCAAUGUAUCAUGAUCGCUCAAGGUGUAGUGACUUUUCCAACCUAGGUUUAUUUGGAUGGAAGUGAAGCAUGCAGCCUGUGUACUCAAUCUAGCUUAAAUAUGGAAACUCGAUGGCCAGAAAUCGGUAUUAAAUAAGCGUCGACAUAUUAAUAAAUACGGCCCCCAGAACAUAGAUUGAGGUCUUCGUAUAUAUAAGUGGGCAGUGAUAGCAUUAGCAAUAAAAGUCAAAACUAAACAGAUAAUCUGCUGCCAGUUGCAGUCACGUAAUGUUUAUAUCAGGGGACCCCGGUUCAAAAUUUGUGAAGCCCCCCACCUUAUAUGAUUGCAAAGGGCACAAGUUGACAGCCAUAGGCACAAGUUUUCUCUGGGGCUUCGUGGGGGGGGGGGGUAUACUUUGGGGGAAGAUGUCUGAUGGUUAGAAAACAACAUAACCUCAAAAUCUACAACCCGCCUGAGGUCCCCAUUUUUGGACCAAAAUAGUUGCAAUACUGGUCUGUUGCUAAUUGAUAUUUUAUCUUCCAGAUACAAAGUCGGUGGUGAUUUCAGUUGAGUAUCGACUGGCACCUGAACAUCCCUUUCCAGCACAAUUUGAAGACUGUUAUUCUGUUGUGAAUACCGUCACCAAUGAACCAAGGACAUUUGGCAUUUUAAACAACAAGAUUGCACUUGCCGGAGAUAGUGCAGGCGGGCAGCUGGCCGCUGCGAUUUCCCUUAACUUUGCGAAACAAAACAGAUCAUCCGAACUUGUUGGCCAAGUGUUGAUCUACCCUUUGCUUCAGCUUAUUGAUACCUUAUGCCUGCCAUCCUUUCAGAAAUAUAAACUAGGUUUUCAGAUGGACGAGGAACAGACAGCUUACCUUAUGUCGGUUGCAACGACAGGUAACGGAGAUAUGAAACAAGAGUAUCUCAAUGGAAAUGUCACACGAUACUUUAUGAGGACACCAUUCUGGCAGUUCCUUGAAAUUCCAGAGACUUCAAAUUGUGAAGUUUAUAAAGACAGCGCCAAUAUAACUUUGCCUUCUGAUUUUGUUAGCAAAGUAACCGACCCACGCUUUUCUCCCCUCCUAGCCAAAAGCGUGGAGGGUUCCCCCCCAACCUUGUUAAUGAUAGCAGAGUAUGAUGUCCUUGCAAGCGAGGGCAUUCUUUACGGAAAACGUUUGGGGGCAGCAGGUGUUCCAACUGUCAUCAAAGUGUUUAAAACUUAUCAUGCAUUCCUAAACCGUCUUUCAAUUCCUUUUAUAAACACACCGAUAGCAAAACAAGGCAUGGAAGAUACAGUUAAUUUUUUAAAUUCCGUAUUUUACAGGUAA